AUGAAUUUAAGGGGACUGUUUCAGGAUUUUAAUCCCAGCAAGUUCCUCAUCUACUUAUGUCUACUGCUGUUCUCCGUAUUGCUGUCACUGAGGCUGGAUGGUGUUAUCCAGUGGAGCUACUGGGCAGUCUUCACGCCGAUAUGGCUAUGGAAGCUGCUUGUCAUCGUCGGGGCAUCGGUGGGCACUGGAGUGUGGGCGCACAACCCCCAGUACAGGGCUGAAGGUGAAACCUGCGUGGAGUUCAAGGCCAUGCUGAUCGCCGUGGGGCUUCACGUCCUCUUGCUAAUGUUCGAGGUGUUGGUGUGCGACCGCGUGGCGAGAGGAAGCGGCAACUACUUCUGGCUACUCGUUUUCAUGCCACUCUUCUUUGUCUCGCCCGUUUCGGUGGCGGCGUGCGUCUGGGGUUUCAGACACGACCGCUCCCUGGAGCUUGAGGUUUUCUGUUCGGUGAACAUACUGCAGUUCAUCUUCAUUGCUCUGAGGCUGGACCGGAUCAUCAACUGGCCUUGGCUGGUUGUGUGCGUGCCACUGUGGAUCCUUAUGUCCUUCUUGUGCCUGGUGGUCCUCUACUACAUCAUCUGGUCGGUCCUUUUCCUCCGCUCCAUCGACAUCAUUGCCGAGCAGCGGCGGACUCACAUCACCAUGGCGAUCAGCUGGAUGACCAUUGUGGUUCCGCUGCUCACCUUCGAGAUCCUGCUCGUACACAAGCUGGACGGGCACAACAGUCUGAGCUUCGUAUGCGUCUUCGUGCCGCUGUGGCUUUCGCUACUUACGCUCAUGGUCACGACCUUCGGCCAGAAAGGGGGAAACCACUGGUGGUUUGGAAUCCGCAAGGACUUCUGCCACUUCCUGCUGGAACUCCUACCCUUCCUGCGAGAAUACGGCAACGUGUCUUACGACCUCCAACGCAGCGAUGACCACGAGGCCGCCGAGGACCCUCCCGCCGUCCCCGAACCGCCGCCCAAGAUCGCCCCCAUGUUCCACAAAAAAACCGGCGUGGUGAUCACGCAGAGUCCCGGCAAAUAUUUUGUCCCGCCGCCCAAACUUUGCAUAGACAUGCCCGACUAG